ACAGUUGUUGGAGUUCGAUUGGACUGUAUCUCAUAGAAAGUCAAAUUCUACUUAAUCUUUUGGAACAAUUCUAAUGGAUUCUUGCAAAAAGAUAUGGGAAACUAUAAAAUAACCAGAGACCCGGCUCCUCAGAGUAUUCUUUAUAGGCACAAGUGGGUAUUUGAUAUUUCCCCAAACUCUGGUCUCCAUAUAGCAGUACCUAUCACUUACCUUAUCUGCAUACGUUUUUCCAUGUCACAGGCUACUGUACAUGGUACUUACAUACCAUGAUUGACUUGAGAGGAAAAGGAGAGGGAAAUUUAUAAAAAAAUAAAAAAGAAUCCAACCUUUUAGCAAAACUUAAAAAAAGGUGAAAAGAGACGGCUGUGAGUUAAAAGUUUAAUUACACUGUUAGUGCAUUAUUGUCAACUUUCUAUACAAAUUAUGAUUAGCAUGCCUUCUUCAACCGCACUAUAUAAGCUUCAAAGCUUUCAUCAUCCCAGUAGUUUGAAACUUUUUUCAAAUUUCCUCUAAUUCCUCAUUUCGUCUCCUGUUUAUUGUCUUGCUGAUUGUGUUCGACUUGAGCUUCUCUUGUUUGUUUUCUUACCUUUCUCUUUCGAUAUGGAACUGAGCUUCCCCAGAAGCAAUAACGGAUAUUUCCAAACAAGUAUCUGAUAUACUCUCAUCUCUGUGAUGCAACUUCAAAUGGGUAGUAUUCAAAUUUCUCACUUGAUGCUGUUUUCAGCUCUAGCUUUUGCUGUUCUUGCUGCUGCUUUUGCUGAAGAUAAUUCAACGGACUCCUAUUGGCUUCUGAGAAUAAAAUCAGAACUGGUUGAUCCUUUAGGAGUUCUUGAUAGCUGGUCUCCACGAGCUCAUAUGUGCAACUGGAGUGGACUUGCGUGUUCACAUGACCAAGGCCAUGUUGUGGGCUUGAAUCUGUCCAGCUCAGGACUAUCAGGUUCCAUUUCGCCCGAGCUCUGGCAUCUUACUUCGCUUGAAACACUUGAUUUGUCUUCAAAUGUCCUUACCGGCUCCAUUCCUUCCGAGCUUGGGAAGAUCCAAAAUUUGAGGGUACUCCUUCUUUAUUCAAAUUUUCUCUUUGGUAAGAUUCCUGAAGGCAUAUUCUCAUUGGAGAAAUUGCAAGUUCUUAGAAUAGGAGAUAACCAGUUAUCAGGUGAAAUUACACCAAGUAUUGGCAACUUAACCAAGUUAAGAGUCUUGCGUCUGGCUUAUUGUCAAUUUAAUGGAAGCAUUCCAGUUGAGAUUGGUAAUUUGAAGCGUCUGAUGUCCCUUGACUUGCAGAAGAACAGUUUCAGUGGCCUCCUACCAGAAGAGCUUCAUGGCUGUAAAGAGCUCCAAAACUUUGCAGCAUCAGGCAACAGCCUUGAGGGAGAAAUCCCUGCUUCAUUGGGAAGUCUGAAAUCACUGCAAGUACUGAAUUUGGCCAAUAACAGCCUUUCUGGUUCAAUCCCUGUCGAGUUAAGCCAUCUCUCCAACUUGAAGUACUUAAAUCUGCUUGGAAAUAGAUUAAGUGGCCAAAUUCCUUUGGAGCUCAACCACCUGGUUCAACUUGAGAAGCUAGACUUAUCAGUAAAUAAUCUCUCCGGACCAGUAAGCCUAUUCAGUUCCCAGUUAAAGAAUCUUGAAACUUUGGUCCUGUCUAAUAAUGAUCUGACUGGUAGUAUUCCAAGCAAUUUCUGUCUGCGGAAUUCACAUCUGCAGCAACUUUUCCUGCAUCAAAACAAUCUGUCGGGCAAGUUCCCCUUAGAGCUGUUGAACUGCUCCUCUUUGCAACAACUGGACCUCUCUGAUAACAACUUUGAAGGAGAGCUGCCAUCUGACCUCGACGAACUAGAAAACCUCACAGAUCUUAAGCUCAAUAACAACAGUUUUAGUGGAAAACUGCCUCCUGAAGUUGGGAACAUGAGUAACUUGGUGAAUCUUUACCUGUUUGACAAUUUGAUGACGGGGGGACUUCCACCAGAAAUUGGCAAGUUAAAAAGGUUGAGUAUUAUCUAUCUUUACGAUAACCAGCUGUCAGGAGAAAUACCAGUGGAGUUAACAAACUGUACCAGCCUAACGGAAAUUGAUUUCUUUGGAAACCACUUCAAUGGGUCAAUUCCCCCAAGUAUCGGGAAGCUUAAGAAUCUGAUCGUCUUUCAACUGAGGCAGAAUGACUUGUCUGGUCCAAUCCCUCCGAGCUUGGGCUACUGCAGAAAGCUUCAGAUAUUGGCCUUAGCAGAUAAUAAGCUCUCUGGAACAUUGCCACCAACGUUCAGAUUCCUUUCAGAACUGUACAAAGUCACUCUUUAUAAUAACUCAUUUGAAGGUCCUCUUCCUUCAUCUCUCUUCCUUCUAAAAAACCUGCAAAUUAUCAAUUUUUCUCACAACAGGUUUAUGGGAAGCAUUUCUCCUCUUCUGGGUUCAAAUUCUCUGACCGCCUUAGACUUAACCAAUAACAGUUUCUCAGGUCCUAUUCCUUAUAGACUAGCCAUGUCAAUAAAUCUAAGUCGUCUUCGCCUUGCCCACAAUCGUCUUAUCGGCAACAUUCCUAAUGAGUUUGUCAAGCUCACUGAGCUUAGGUUCCUUGAUUUAUCAUUCAACAAUCUCACAGGAGAUGUUGCACCCCAACUUUCAAACUGUAGAAAGCUUGAACACUUGCUACUGAGUAACAACCAACUAACUGGCACCAUGCCUUCCUGGUUAGGGAGCAUAGAAGAUAUUGGAGAGCUGGAUUUCUCAUCCAAUAACUUCCAUGGAGAAAUACCUGCACAGCUUGGGAACUGCUCAAGAUUACUCAAGCUUUCUCUUCAUAGCAACAACUUCUCUGGCAAGAUCCCACAAGAGAUAGGAAAUCUCACUUCUCUAAAUGUCCUAAGUCUGCACAGAAACAACCUUUCUGGUUCCAUUCCUUCGACACUUCAGGAGUGCAAGAAACUCUUUGAACUGAGGCUCUCUGAGAACUUCUUGACGGGUUCCAUACCUCCUGAGCUUGGAAGGCUGACUGAGUUACAAGUAAUCCUUGAUCUCAGUGAGAAUUCUCUCUUCGGUGAGAUUCCAUCUUCUCUUGGAAAUCUUGUGAAGUUAGAGAGAUUGAACCUUUCUUUCAACCACCUCCAAGGAGAAGUGCCUUUUUCACUUACAAAGCUGACCAGCCUCCACAUGCUAAACCUGUCAAAUAAUGAUCUCCAGGGCCAACUUCCUUCGACCUUUUCAGGAUUCCCACUUAGUUCCUUCAUAGGUAAUAACAAGCUAUGCGGCCCACCAUUAGUAUCGUGCUGGGGCUCAGGGGGUCAAGAGAAAAGGAGCCUUUCCAACGCUGCUGUUGUGGGUAUUAUAGUGGCCAUUGUCUUUACUUCCACACUAAUUUGCUUGAUUAUGCUUUACAUAAUGGUAAAAAUGUGGCAAAACUGGAGAAGAGUUACGGUAUCAAGCUUGGUUGGUGGUGGAACUGAACAAAGAAGAGAUGAAGAGAAAUGCGUUUGUGGAGAGCAGAAGAGAAAGAAUGGUGACUACUGGAAAGUGAACUCAAUGGUAAUGGUUCCUUCACAAGAUAACCGAAAUUCUAGAACUUGCAUUUUCCCUUUCAAAAUGGAUGCAGAACCCAUAGGAAAUACAUUGGUUUGAGAAGAUAUGUGUUGUUUCCUUUUAGUCUUUUUUCCUUCCUAUUUAUACUUUUGCAAGCGAUUUGUGGUUUGUACAAUUCUAUAAAUUUGUCUUCUUUUUACUGAUCUUUGCUGUUGUAAUGAUAAUGAUAACAUUUCAAAAUAGGCUAUAGUCACAAA